AUGUCAAGAUUAGAAAGACUAGUACUACUACUAGAUACAGGAUCAACGCCCUUUAUAAGGAACACGGCCGCUGAUCAGCUUACGGAUCUGGCGAAACAGCACCCAGAAGAAAUACUUAAUCUUUUAUCACGCGUAUAUCCCUACUUACGAUCCAAGCGAUGGGAGACUCGUGUUUCAACGGCAAAGGCUUUUGGAGGCAUUGUCAGCCAUGCUCCCGUCUGGGAUCCCAAUGCAGAUGAUAAUGAUGAAUCCCCAGAACAGAUAAAAAAGGAAUUGCCCUCUGACUAUGACAAGAUUUCGAGUCUCGAUGAAUCCCUAAUUACAUUCGAUGACUGGAACUUAUAUGAAAUAAUUACGCAUGGCCGCAAACUAUUGGCCUCAGGAGAUGGUGUUUUGGAUCAUGAACAUCCAAAAAACUUAGCGAACUAUAAAAACGACAUUAAGAGACAAAAGAAAUCCAUCAAUAGUAAUUUAGGACUUCCAGGGUUUCCCCAGGACGACAACGAAUAUGGUUCACACAGCCCAGAACUAGAUUCAGACAUCAAAAAGGAGGACCUUGAAGCAUCAGUAAAGAUCGAAGUUAAGAAUGAACUCAACACUGACCAUGAAAAGCUCCUCUCCUCUGCUUCUCCAGGAAUUUCUGAAACAGAGGCUAUCAAAACAGAGAAAAAGGCAAGCGCCCGCAUGAAAGCAUUGGCAAGACGGAAAGCAAAGGCAAAUGCCAAGAAUAGUGCUUUUUCCAAGAAUAAGCCUGUUGACCUAUCUCAAAGUUCAGUGAGCAGGCAACUCGAAAAAGAUGGGUCAAUUCCCGAGCUCAAGCAAACAGGUGACACCGCUACCCCAGUAGAUGAGAAAAGUGACCUUAUGGAUGUGGAUAUCACCUCUCAAGCCAAUGGUAACAAGAUAGUCGUUGAACACAAAGUGUCUGCUAUAUCCCCAAUCCUCCAGAAUGCCAGUGCUGCAUCAGGUUAUGUUUGGCCCUUCCAAGGAGUUUAUGAGCUUAUGCUUUUGGAUUUAUUUGAUCCUAUCUGGGAAAUCCGACAUGGUGCUGCAAUGGGUCUGCGUGAACUUCUAAAGAAACAUGCUUUAGGAGCAGGGAGAGUUAAGGGUAAAACGAUCGAAGAAAACAAUCAGAGAAAUAAUGCCACUUUAGAGGAUUUAUCUUUCCGUAUAUUAUCGCUUUUUGCUUUAGAUCGUUUUGGAGAUUAUGUUUCCGACACAGUUGUUACCCCUGUAAGAGAAAACGCUGCUCAAACACUUGCAACCGUUCUUUUACAUUUGCAUGAAGACUUGGUAUUAAAAGUUUUUCACACAUUAGCUGAUCUUAUCACACAGGAUGGUAUCGAACCCAAAUGUUGGGAAGCGAAACAUGGCGGUAUGUUGGGGCUUCGAUACUUUGUAAGUGUUAAAACAGACAUUUUGUUCAAGUAUCCCGAUGAACUUUUGUCCAAGGUCGUUGAUAUGGUGCUUCUUGGCUUAAACCAAAGUUCAGACGAUGAUGUGCAAAGCGUAGCUGCCUCUACCUUGACACCUAUCACGAAGGAGUUUGUGAAGCUUAAACUGGGACUGGUGUUUAAUAUUGUUGAUGUGUUGUGGGGAUGCCUAACAGAUAUAAAGGACGACCUAUCUGCUGCAAUUGGCUCAGUAAUGGAUUUAUUAGCCAAGCUAUGCUCUCAUACCGAAGUUUUGGAAAAACUUAAGAAGGAUGCACAAUUCAAGACUCUUAUUCCAAGGUUAUACCCGUUUCUUAGACAUUCCAUAACAUCUGUGAGAAAGUCAGUACUUCGAACCCUGCAAGCGUUUUUGACUAUCGACGAUCCUUUCGUUAAGGAUUGGAUAGACGCCAAAACCUUCCGACUGAUAUUUCAGAAUAUACUGUUGGAACAGAAUCCUGAAGUUUUGGCUCUGUCAUAUCAACUAUAUGAAACCCUGUUACAAGAAGCAACCAAUUCUAAAUAUGUUACUAUUUUGGAUGUUUUCAAAGAUAAUUAUCUUCCAUUACUGGCUUUAUUAUCAAUUCCAAUUGGAGUGUCCCGUUCAACUUACGCAAUGCCUAGAUCUUUAUUAGUUAGGCCGCGGGGAAACAUGCAGUAUGAUUUAGAAUUUGUGAGAUCAAUAUUUGAUGAUCCUGUUGGAGCUGGAAUAGACUCAAUCAACAAUGACACCAAUGGUAAAAAAAGAAAGAUGUCCUCAUCGUCUAAACCGGACUUCAGGGAUGAUGAUACCGGUAUGCCCUCACAUUAUGAGUCAAGAGUGGAUAUAGAUGCACCUAUUAUCAAUGGUGAUCUUUCUUUAGUUCCUACGGAGACAUUCGUGGACACUAAGACCUAUGCCUCCAAAGCUUACGGCCGUACACUCACUAACAUUUCUGAUGAGAAUGUUUUAAGUGACGUGUUUACACUACUACUCAAAUGUAUGCAAUCGCCUUAUUCAUCUACUAGAUUGUUUGGUGCCAUCGUUCUUGAAGAAUAUAGUAUUUCUUUGAAUGCUUCUAGCAUAUCCCAGGAGGAGAAGGAGAAAUUUCUUAAUAUUGCCAGAAACAUAGUUAGUGAUCAUCUUUCACAGCUCCUACAGAAUCCGGAUUCGUUACCAUUCUUUAGGGAGCUUACUGGAACACUUAAGGGCGUGCGAACAUCAUGUUUGUAUCUAUUUGCCACAUUCACUGACGUUGGAAAACUGCCAGCAAGCAAAGUUCCGCAACUUCCGAUUGUGGUUCAGGGUGAAGUUCAAGCAGGCCCCAGUGCAUUCAGCAUUGAUACAAGUCGAAAAAUCAUUGAUUCCUCUUAUGACAAGUUACUAAAAAGUUUAUCUCCAAUGUAUAGAAUGUCUGCCUCUAAUGCACUUGAAGAUGCCAAAAAGAGAAUAGAACUGGCUAUACAUGAUACGAAUAGGGCCAAGAACGAGAGAACCACAAGGGUAUUAUCAGCGUUUGCUGCGCUGUCACUACAAUUAAAUGGUCUCCCUAAGAAAUUGAACCCUGUCAUUCGUUCUCUGAUGGACAGCGUGAAAUCAGAGGAGCUAGAAACUUUGCAGUUGAGAUCGGCAACUUCUAUUACACACUUAGUCUCGAUACUCAACCAACAAAACAAGAAAAAUGCCGCCGACAAAAUUACAAAAAACCUAUCAGCUUUCCUUUGUGUUGACACAUCUGAAGUUCCUGAAUUUACUCCAAAUGCUACGUUCAAAGAUACAAUCCUUUCAUUGAAGAGAGAAGAAUCAAAACUGGAUGCUUUAGAGGUAGCAGCGUUGGAAAGGGAAGCCCAUUUUGCAGCUAUAAAACGACGUGGUGCCCUUUACACUUUGAAUAUAUUCUUGGACAAGUACGGAGUUUCCCUUUUUGAGCAACUCCCAACUUUAAAGUCUAUAAUAUUUUCGCCACUUGAGAAGCUUAAUGACAAAGCGGAGUAUGAUGACGAAACUGGCCAGUCAUUGGUAGACAGUUUGGGCAUCCUUCGUGCCUUGUUUGUUAAUUUGCAUCCAGAUUUAAGGUACCUGGUAAUUGAGAAAGUGCCACUAAUCUUGUUAGCACUGAAAUCACAAUAUUCAGUAUUCCGAUACUGUGCUGCAAGGUUGCUAGCAUUAUUGAGUUCAUGUGUACCGACUAAACUAAUUCCCAUUGUCAUCAAAGAUAUUUUGCCAAUGAUAAAUGACCCCGGAUCUCUAGUGAAACGCCAGGGUAGCAUUGAGUUCAUCUUCCACCUUUCUGUUACUAUGGGACCUAGCAUCUUACCAUAUGUGGUGUUUUUAAUUGUUCCGGUUCUAGGGCGUAUGAGCGAUGCUAACAACGAUGUUAGAUUUCUGGCAACCACAACUUUUGCCUCAAUCAUCAAGCUAGUUCCAUUGGAGGCCGGCAUUGAAGACCCACCAGAUAUGCCCAAAGAGUUACUGGAAGGAAGAGACAGAGAAAGAGAAUUCAUUCAACAAAUGAUGGAUCCUACUAAGAUUAAACCAUUUGAAUUGCCAGUUUCAAUUAAUGCUACCUUGAGGAAGUAUCAACAAGAGGGAGUUAACUGGUUAGCUUUCCUAAAUAAAUAUCAUUUACAUGGCAUAUUAUGUGAUGAUAUGGGUCUAGGAAAGACUUUACAGACCAUCUGUAUCGUAGCCAGUGACCAUUAUUUGAGACAAGAGGAGUUUGCAAAGUCUCAAAAUGCUAACUUUAGAAAGAUCCCAUCUUUGAUCGUUUGUCCACCCUCGUUAACCGGCCAUUGGGAGCAGGAAUUCAAACAAUAUGCAGCUUUCAUGACGAUCUUAGUUUAUACUGGCAGCCCUUCAAACCGUUCCAGCUUGAGGGGAAAAUUGGGCGAUGUUGAUGUGAUCAUUACUUCUUAUGAUGUUGCAAGGAAUGACUUGGAGCAUUUGGUGAAGCAUGAUUUCAACUACUGUGUCCUAGACGAGGGCCACAUUAUCAAGAAUUCAAAUACCAAGUUGACUAAAUCUGUCAAAAAAUUCAGAGCAGAACAUCGUUUGAUUCUUUCUGGAACUCCAAUUCAAAAUAAUGUCCUUGAGUUAUGGUCUCUAUUUGACUUCUUGAUGCCAGGCUUUUUGGGGACUGAAAAGAUAUUUCAAGAAAAGUUUGCCAAACCAAUUGCCGUAUCCCGAAACUCCAAGACAUCUUCCAAGGAACAGGAGGCUGGUGCACUGGCUCUAGAGUCAUUACAUAAGCAAGUUUUACCUUUCAUGCUAAGACGUCUGAAAGAGGAUGUUUUAUCUGACUUACCCCCUAAGAUAAUUCAAGAUUACUACUGUCAACUUAGUGAUUUGCAACGUCAAUUGUAUAGAGAUUUUGCCAAAAAACAAAAGGGAACUGUCGAGGCCGAGGUUAAGGAUGCUAACGAAAAGAAAGAGAGCAAACAGCAUAUUUUCCAAGCUUUGCAGUACAUGAGAAAGUUGUGCAAUCAUCCAGCAUUGGUGGUGACUCCGAAGCACCCACAAUACGCAGAUGUUCAAGCGUAUUUAAGAGAUUCAAAAAUGGAUAUUAGAGACAUUAGACAUGCUCCAAAGCUAGUUUCCUUAAAGACUUUGUUGCUAGAAUGCGGAAUAGGCUCAAGUGAUGAAAAUAGCGAAGAAGGACUUGGAUCUUCACUAAGAAGACAACAGCAACAAUUGGUGACUGGAUCUGAAGGUGUAAUUAGUCAACAUCGUGCUCUGAUCUUCUGCCAGUUGAAAGAUAUGCUUGAUAUGGUGGAGAAUGAUUUGCUUCGCAAACACAUGCCUAGUGUAACUUAUAUGAGAUUGGAUGGUUCCACCGAUCCUCACAGUAGACAAUCUAUUGUCAGAAAAUUCAAUGAAGAUCCCUCCAUUGAUUUGCUGUUACUGACCACUAAAGUUGGUGGACUGGGUUUGAACCUCACCGGAGCAGACACCGUGAUAUUUGUGGAGCACGACUGGAAUCCAAUGAAUGAUCUUCAGGCAAUGGACAGAGCUCACCGGCUGGGCCAAAAGAAGGUCGUCAAUGUCUACAGAUUGAUCACCCAGAACACGCUAGAAGAGCGCAUCAUGGGACUACAAAAAUUCAAAAUGAAUAUAGCAUCCUCAGUAGUCAACCAACAGAAUGCUGGUUUGGCAUCCAUGGAUACUGGUCAGUUAUUGGAUCUUUUCAAUGUUGAAGAUGAGAAUGGAGGGUCAACUGUACCAGCUGCUGCAACUGUUACUGCAGUUUCUGAUGAGACCAAUAGGAAAAAAGUUGAGAUCCCAGAUGAAGCUGGCCUUGGAGGAAAGGCGGGAUCAGCUGUUGGCGAGUUGGCUGAACUAUGGGAUGCUUCUCAGUAUGAGGAAGAGUACGACCUGGACUCGUUUAUCAAAACGCUGAAGUAG